AUGACAGUAAAAAUUUUAAGGAUCUGUAACUUUGUGUUAUCUGCAUUCUGCAUUUAAUGUGUAAUUUGUCAAAAAGUGCUUAUCCUGUCAAAAUCAGCUGUUCAUGGGCGAGUAGUGUACAUUGUUGUUGUGUGAUUAUUAUGAAUAUAUAUUAGAAUAUCAAAAUGAAAUUUAUGAAAGUAUGUCGUCGACUAAGUUACGAACAUAAGAGUUUAGUGGCACGUGGCUUUUCUACUGUUUCUGAUAAGUGGCAAAGUGUCGUUGGUUUAGAAGUUCACGCACAGUUGAAUACAGAAUCGAAACUGUUUUCUGGUGCUCAGAAUACCUUUGGUGGUGUUGUGAAUAAUUGUGUCUCACUAUUCGAUGCGGCUGUGCCUGGUACAUUGCCAGUACUGAACAGAAAAUGUGUGGAACUGGGCAUAAUGACUGCUUUAGCUUUAUCUUGCAAAGUCAACGAAAUCUCGACUUUUGACAGAAAGCACUAUUUUUAUGCUGAUCUACCGACCGGUUAUCAAAUUACGCAGCAGAGAAAUCCAUUGGCUAGCGAUGGCGUUAUUAACUUUCAGGUAUUUACUCCAGGAAUUCACAAGAAACCGUACAGAAAGAGUUCAAAGAUCAAACAAAUACAGUUGGAACAGGACAGUGGCAAGUCAUUGCAUGAUGCGGAACUCAAACGGAGUCUCAUUGACCUCAACCGAGCCGGAGCUCCACUUAUAGAACUGGUGUUCGAACCUGAUUUGGAGGAUGGCGAAGAAGCGGCGGCCCUGGUAAAGGAGUUGGUGCUGAUAGUGCAAAGACUCGGUGCCUGCACCGGUCGCAUGGAAGAGGGCGCCCUCAGAGUCGACGCUAACGUGUCUAUUAGGCGACCCGGUGAUCCGCUCUCUACGCGCACUGAGGUAAAUAUCUACAUUAUAUUUAUUUAUAUAAACUUACUACAAAAAUCUCUACAGGUGGACUCUUCUUGGGCAUUCUCCUCCAGUCCAUCCAUUAUAUUUACCAUCAUGAAUUAAAUUUAUGAAAUAUCA